AUGCUACAUUUGUUGAUAAUUUUUAUAUGCUUUUCAGUCAAGCUUAUUUACGCUGAGGGCGUAUGCGGUGAUGGUUGGGACGUAUUUCAUGACGAGUACUACGAUAUAUGCUAUAAAUAUAUCGCCGACGGUAUGGGAGACUACCAGACAGUAGUCACCGCAUGUAAGGGUGAACUCGACUCAUCCCUACCCACUAUUAACUCACAAACAGAACAAGAUUUUCUCAAUCAAAUGAUUGUUAAAUACAAGAUCAUUGAAAAUUCAAGCUUAGCAGCUCUGAAGGAGUUUGCGGCGAUGGUUGGGACUUAUUUCACGACGAUUACUAUGACAUAUGCUAUCAAUAUCAUUCAGGUGUGGCUGAAUAUCACGAUAUGGAUGGUAGACGGAAUAUGGUUGGACGCCAGCAUUAAAAACAAACACAUUGUAUGGACGGACAGAAGUAGUGGUGAAUACGAGAACUGGAUGUCCGGCCGACCCGUUAAUAAUGACAAUUGCGUGGAAAUGUUGGCCGACGAGGCUAAUCGUGAUCAAGAGACAGAAAGAUUUAUCAGGAACAGUCGCCGUCUUAUAGAUGAGUUGAAACAUAAUCAAAAUAACCAACAGGCUCAAAUCGUUCAACUUGAAAAAAGUCAAGUGCCUAUUGAUUUUGUAUACGUACAAAUGCCUGGUCAGGCUGAGCCCAAAACACUAUGGCCGGCAUACACGUGGUCGGAUGUGACGGUCACAUAUGCGGGUCAGUUUUUCCGGGCCGAAGGGGGAGGUAGUCUAGCGUUUGGAAAGGGUGUUCAGGCGGAUUUUGCACCUAGAUUAGCAUCAAAACAAAGGAAAGAUGGCGGUGAUACUUGGGAAUACUCAUUGGAUAUGAAACCUGGCGUGUGGACCGAGUGGAUUUAUUCGGGCACAGCAAUAAGUGGUGGAACUGGCAUUUUCAAUCGCUAUUUGGUUUCCAGCGGUGAAGUGCGACCCUUAAACCAAGCAAUUCGUAUAUUUAAACGUAUCAAAUAG